AUGGCGGAGAACGCUGUUAGUCAAGCUCUUAAAAAGAUUGAAAUCUUUGUUGAGGGCUUUCUUUCGUCCCCAAAUGGUGAUUCGUAUGGACUGGUGGAGUAUUUAGUCGCUGACGAGGGGAAAUUAAAGUGGUUGGGCUCUCUGGAGGACUUGAAAUUGUUUAUAGAAUCUUCGCUUCGCAUCGACGGUAGAUGGUCAUCACCGGGUGGCAACGCCAAAAAAUUUACGCUCAAAUCAGUCGAACCUGAUCAGCAGUUUGGCUUCGUUUGGUAUUGCAGAAAGCAGAAUACGAUAGUGUUUCAGGGCGAUCCUGAGAGCGUUGAAGCAGCGAAAUCAAAACUUAUAUCGAUUGCAAACAAACAUGUAAACAAAGAGACUACAUCGAUCGCGGUGAGUGAACAGUUAUUUGAUCAGGUGGACCUACAAGCGCGUGGAGUUGAUUGUGAUGGUCCUGAUCGGCGGGAGCAAGACCUGAACGUAACUUUAGUGGUUAAUGAAGAGAGCCAGACUGAAUAUACUUCGGGUUUAAUAAAUGGAUCAUCGACUCAGUAUGUAUGUGCGUGUACAUGUAGUCAAGGUGAAAUUAUUGCAGAAAUAGAGGGUAUUAAGCUAGAUUUGGCGAUCUUUAAGUCGCAGUCUUGUUUUGGUACAGAUAAUCAAUAUGAUUCUUUGCAAUCUAAUAUUAAGUCAUUGCAAUCUACACAGAAAUCCCUUAAAAAUAUUAUUAAAACUCAAGACGAGACAAUAAAUUCACUUCAACAAGAAAUAUUUGUAUUUAAGUCCAAGCUUUUGUCCUUGGAAACGCUAUUGUUUAAUGUUAAUCCUCAAUUGAACGCUUCACUUGAUCUUGAUAGCCAGAUACAAUGCACUGCGAAAGUAAAUCCCCAAGGGUCCAAUAAUGAUGUUGGAAAGAGUAAUUGCGAAAUACUAUUACCCACGCACUCGAAUAAUAAUCAGUCUACCAACGAAAAUCUACCAUCUGAAAAUUGUAUGACGAUUUGUAGUUCGCCAAAAAGUUAUUUUAAUAUCAAUGCUAAUGACCCUUCUCCACUUGUGAGUGAUGUUGUUCCU